AUGUCUUCCCGUGCAGCUCUUAUCGCUGCUCUCGCAGCAGCCGUCUCUGGCUCCAUCAUCCCAAGACACGGCGAGGAGUGCUGCUUCCAGAUUUCUGCAUCUGGCGGCGUUACUGGCACCCUCGGCCAGAUCUUCGACGGACAAAACCGUGUGGGCGGCGGCUACCCGCCAGCUACCUACUGUCUCAAGGAUGGCGGUCUCUACGACAAGAACGGCCGUGGCUGCAUCCUGACCCCACCAACCACUCAGUGGCAGUGUGAUGAGGGUGCCGCUCCAACCUACGGCUUCUCCAUCGGCCCCAAUGGCAGCGCCCAGUACAACGGUAGCCCUGAGUUUUGGGCUUGCCCUGUGAACGACAACGGCGAGUGGAACAUCUACACUGUCCCUGUCAAGGACCAGAAGAAGUGUGUCCAGGUCUCGCUGCACACCAGCAGCCAGUGCGGUGCUCCACCGCCACCCCCUCCACCUCCUCCACCACCACCAGCGCCCCCAGCGCCUCCCGUUUACCAACCCCCGGCCCCAGCUCCAGCGGCACCUCCUGUCUACCAAGCCCCACCGCCGCCACCACCUUCACCUCCAGCCCCGCCUGUCUAUCAUGCCCCUCCACCUCCACCUCCCCCACCACCCGCUCCUCCGGUCUACCACGCUCCUCCUCCACCGCCGCCACCACCAGCGCCACCGGCUUACCAUGCUCCUCCACCUCCACCAGCGCCUCCAGUCAGCACCCCAGUGUACGAGCACAAGCCAGAAUAUAAGCCCAGCUCGUCUGUCCCACAGCCGGAGUACAAGCCAACCUCGUCGGCGCCAAAGCCAGAAUACAAGCCGACCACUCUGUCGACUUCGACUCCUUGCACUACGGCUACGCCGACCUCUGCGGCCUACUCUAACAGCAGCGCAGGAGGAUAUGCUGCGCCAACCACCUUUGGAUACGCUUGCAAUCCAGCUCACGAGUACCCAGAGGGCGUCAAGUGCGUCAGCACCAACGGCUCCCUGGCCCUGGUUACCCCAACUGCCAAGCCAUAG